CACAAGGAGGACAGACUGAGUGAAGAGUGAGAGAGGAGUUAGGCAGGGCUGUAUAUUGUCACCAACCCUUUUUAGCCUGUAUACAGAGGAGGUAGCAGCCAGGAUGAGAAGAAUGAAUGUAGGGGUAAGUGUGGGGGAAUGAUAAAGUAUGUGUACUCCUUUAUGCAGAUGACGUAGUUGUUAUGAGUGAAUGGCAGAUGAGCUUCAAAGUUUGUUGGAUGUAGUGGAUGGCUAUGGUAAAGACUUUGGAGUAAGGUUUAGCAGUGAGAAAAGCAAAGUAAUGAUUGUGAAUGGGUCAGAGGAUGAAAGUAAUGUGGUAUGGAGACUUGGAGAGAAUGAGUUGAGACAGGUGCAAGAAUACAAGUACUCAGGGAUGUGGAUGAAUCCUAGUGGGUGUGCAAAGGCAAAGAAUGAAAAGAUAAGUAUGGUAAACCAGUGGGUAGGUCGAUUGGGAAGCGCGGCAAGGAUGAGAGCAAGUAAGUAUGAUGUGUUGAGAGAAGUGUGGAAGAGUGUGGCUGUCCCAUGUAUAAUGUAUGGCAUGGAUGUGAUUGCAUGGAAGGAAAAUGAAAUUGAAAAGUUAGAAGUGGGCCAGAAUAGAGUAGCAAAGAUUGGCACUGAGUCCACCGAGGGGCACAGCAGUUGAAGCCUUGAGAGGUGACAUCGGAUGGCGCACCUUUAGGGAAAGACUCACAAAAGCCACACAAGAUUAGGCUUGAGAGAAUGGAUGAUGCAAGAAUAGCAAGGAAGGUGUACCUGUGGAAUGAAAGUGGAAGCAAAUGGAGGAAGAGAUGCAUGAGAAUGACAGACAGGAGUGGAUUGCAAGUUGUGUGGGCGAUAAGAAUGGCUGGUAGGAAUCAAAAUGAGCGUGAAUGGGUGGUAACAAGAGGAGGAAGAGUGGGAGCCGAAUGGGAUGUGAGAAAAUGGAAGAAUGAGAUAGACAAAGAAGUGAAAUGUGUGGGACUGAAUGAAUGGAAGAAUGAGAUGGAAAGAAAGAAGACCCUGGAAUGGUACAAGGAGAAAGAGGCCCUGAGGUAUGAAAGGUGGUAGGAUGGAAGCCUGGGCGGUGAUCUUCUCUUCCGAGCGAGGGCACAGUGUAUGGAUGUGAAUGCGAGGAGUUACAGGUGGUCUGAGUCCCUGUGCCAGAUGUGUGACAUGGGAGAGGAUGAGACGGUGGAACAUGUGGUGCUGGAGUGUGUGAAGUAUGCCAGAGACAGGAAUGAGAUGAUGCAAGUGAUACUGACUGAGUUAGGGCAUGAUAGGAAUGAAAGAGUGGAGAACACAGGAAAGGAGUGGAUGGUGUUGUUACUGGGACUGUGUAGAGAGGCCAAUGAAAGGAUGAUUGAGGCUGUGAAGCAGUUUCUGGAGAGAAUGUGGCGUGCCAGGUGUAGGAACAAUUAGUAUAGAUGAUGCUGUUCGUUUCUCUCUUUUUUUUACCCUUCUACAGGAGUUGCCGAUCCAAAGGCCUGGCUCAGGAGUGAUCCUGUGCCACCUGUACCAUCAAGAUCAAGAUCAAGACAACAGUUCCCUCGUGUUUACUACCACAGUGCAUAGAAAUCUUAUCUUUUUUCGCAAAUUUCUCAAGUAAUUCCCCACCCCGGAGGCCGCCCCCAGUACCCCAGUUCCCUGCAUCCAUGGUUUAUAUUGUUAUUCUUCAAGAGGGGAGAGAGGCAAGGGACGAGAGACGCAAGGGAGAGAAGCAAGGGAGAGAGACAGAGUUGACCCGUGUGGCUCCUCUCUGGUGGUGAAAGCAAGUGACGGCAAGAUGGUGAUGGUGACCCUGCCCAACCCCCUCCAGGAAAACUUGGAGGGUGUGACUGAGGGAGGGGCAGGGUGUGGGUCAGGGGCAGAAGGUGACGUGCCAGAGUGACGUCACGUACCCCCAAAUGCAGGCCGGCAAGUUUGCUGACGUCACCAGUCGUCAGUGCACGGCGGGUGCUGCAAGGGGAACUGCAGGAGGUGGACCUGUUCAGCACCUCAUCCCUCCCUGCCCUCUCCCCUGACAGGAGCAUGCCAGACCCAGGGGUGCCCAAGGAAACGGUCGCGGUGAAAACUGGCGUACAGCUUCUGUGCCUGAGCCUGCCGUGGACGCAUUCCCAGCCGACUUCUACCAGAACAGCUCGGACAUGGCUGGCCAGGACAACCACCGCAACACAGACAUGCACGCACCUGAUAUGGACAUGAAAAUGGAGGGACAGGAGUCCCACGUGAUGGUGUCCGACAGUGAUGCCUCAGUGCAGGAGGGGGAACGGCAGGCAGAGACCCGCAAGUGCCCCUGGGAGAAGCCUGGAGGCAUCAAGGUCAACAGAAAGAAGGUGCCAGGAGCCAAGAACCUCAAGGUCCGCAGGUACGUGCAGCCCAAGAAUGCCAUCGUGUGCCUGAAUGAGCUGCGGCCGGGCGUCACCUACACCAUGGAACAGGAGGGAGGCGUUUGCCAGCCAUUUUGCAUAUCUGUGGAGGUACCUGGUGCGGUUGACGGGCAGAAGUACCGAGGGUUUGGGUCUUCAAAGCAGCUGGCCAAGCAGGCAGCAGCUGAGGCGGCGCUGAUCGGCUUCUUGAAGCCGCCCGUCACCACACCAGAGAACCAGGAGGAAGACAAGACCCCCUGGGCCACCCUGGGGCCGACGGGCUGGCUCAGGAAGGCUUUCAUACCUGCAAUGUCAGAGCUACUCAGUCCUUAA